CUAUAGCUGCUGCUCUUCUUGCUGCUCUCCCCCCCCCCGCCCUCUCCCCCUCCCUUUUUUUGGUGUGAUACUGUUUCCACAGCAGAAGAAGAAGGGACUGAUCCUGAGGAUCCUCCUAGAGAAUGAAUAACCCCAAGACAUUGACUUAAGCAGCACCCUGGAGCCGGUGCACGCUUCAGAUUUGAUUAAAUAAUCAUUCAAUUUUUUUUUUGCCGUUUUCUUUUUUCACCUUUUUGGGGAUUUGCAAACCGAAUUACAUGCAUGUCCAGUGGGGGAAGGUUUAAUUUUGACGAUGGAGGCUCCUACUGUGGUGGCUGGGAGGACGGAAAGGCUCACGGCCAUGGAAUCUGUACCGGCCCGAAGGGUCAAGGCGAGUAUACAGGCUCCUGGAGUCACGGCUUUGAGGUGCUGGGGGUCUACACCUGGCCCAGUGGCAACACUUACCAGGGCACCUGGGCACAGGGCAAGCGCCAUGGCAUCGGUUUGGAGAGCAAGGGGAAGUGGGUGUACAAAGGAGAGUGGACUCAUGGAUUUAAGGGACGGUACGGGGUCCGCGAAUGCAGUGGCAAUGGGGCCAAAUACGAAGGCACCUGGAGCAAUGGAUUACAGGAUGGCUACGGGACAGAGACCUACUCAGAUGGAGGGACGUACCAGGGCCAGUGGGCUGGUGGCAUGCGCCAAGGCUAUGGCGUCCGGCAGAGUGUCCCCUACGGCAUGGCUGCGGUUAUCAGGUCGCCCCUGAGGACAUCCAUUAACUCGCUGCGCAGUGAGCACACCAACGGCACAGCGCUGCACCCCGACUCCUCGCCUGCCGUGGCCGGCAGCCCUGCUGUCUCCAGGGGCGGCUUCGUCCUCAUGGCCCACAGCGACGCCGAAAUCCUCAAGAGCAAGAAGAAGGGGAUCUUCCGGCGGUCCCUGCUGAGCGGACUCAAGCUGCGCAAGUCUGAGUCCAAGAGCUCCCUCGCCAGCCAGCGCAGCAAGCAGAGCUCCUUCCGGAGUGAGGCGGGCAUGAGCACCGUCAGCUCCACCGCCAGCGACAUCAACUCCACCAUCAGCUUAGGCGAGGGCGAGGCCGAGCUGUCCGUCAUCGAGGACGACAUUGAUGCCACCACCACCGAGAUCUACGUGGGCGAGUGGAAGAACGACAAGCGCUCGGGCUUCGGGGUCAGCCAGCGCUCGGACGGGCUGAAGUACGAGGGGGAGUGGGCCAACAACAAGCGCCAUGGCUACGGCUCCAUGACCUUCCCGGACGGCACCAAGGAGGAGGGGAAGUACAAACAGAACGUCCUGGUGAGCGGCAAGCGGAAGAACCUCAUUCCGCUGAGGGCCAGCAAGAUCCGCGAGAAGGUGGAUCGGGCCACCGAGGCGGCAGAGAGGGCGGCCACCAUCGCCAAGCAGAAAGCGGAGAUUGCGGCUUCCAGGACUUCCCACUCGAGGGCUAAAGCAGACGCGGCUGUGACAGCAGCGCAGAAAGCUCAAGAGGAAGCUCGGAUUGCCAGGAUCACUGCCAAAGAGUUUUCGCCUUCCUUCCAACACAGGGAAAACGGGCUCGAGUGCCAGAGGCCAAAGCGUCAGAACUCAAGCGACGACAUUGAGGUCCUCUCCACAGGAACCCCGCUCCAGCAAGAAAGCCCGGAGCUGUACAGGAAAGGCACCACCCCUUCUGACCUCACUCCUGACGACAGCCCCCUGCAAAGCUUCCCCGCCAGCCCCUCCUCUACCCCGCCACUGGGCCCCACCUGCAGGACCAAGAGCGCCCAUUUCUCCAGACAAGUCUCGGUGGACGAAGAGAGGGGUGGGGACAUCCAGAUGUUGCUGGAGGGACGAGGCGGAGACUACUUGAGACCCAACAGCUGGAACGAAGACAAAGCAGGCGGGACACGUAGCGUUAGAAGUGGGACCCUGCGCAGCAGUCAUUUGGGGUCUGCCUCCAUCCCUGAAGAUUACAGAGGCCGGAGUGGAGGGCACAAACAUAUGGCCUCCAACCACAAGCAAAGAGAGAGGUGGACAGAUUCCCCGGCCACAGUUUCUUGGACUUCCCACCACCGGUCCCACAACCACAGCUCAGGGAGUGCCAAGUUGCUUGAGCUGGAUGAGGAGAAGCUGAGCAAUUACGAGAUGGAAAUGAAACCCCUCAUGAGGAUGGAUUCUUAUAUGCAAGAGAUUCACACCCAAAAAAGACACUAUAGUAAAGCAGGCCCCUGCAGGAGCCUGGCUGAGGACCACCGUGGGGAAGACCGGGGCUUUGGGGUUCAGAGACUGAGGUCUAAGUCCCAGAACAAAGAGAAUUUCAGGCCAGCUUCCUCUGCUGAGCCCACAGUGCAGAAACUGGAAAAUCUGAGGUUCGGGGACAAAGCAGAACCCCGGCUAUUAAGGUGGGACUUAACCUUCUCCCCGCCACAGAAAUCCUUACCUGUUGCACUAGAAUCCGAAGAGGAAAAUGGGGAUGAGCUCAAAUCCAGUACGGGCUCGGCUCCCAUUCUGGUAGUCAUGGUGAUCUUACUGAACAUUGGCGUCGCCAUUUUGUUUAUUAACUUUUUCAUCUAACUCAAGACUGUCUUGUUUGCAAAAAUAAGAGUUACGUGUAUGAACGGGGGGAAAAAAACCAAACAAAAACAAAUCAAAAAAAGAGAAAGAUCAUAACUUGAACUGUCCUAUGACAACUUCCAAGUCUUUUCACAGAACAACAACAAAUGAUUGAGUCUCACUCACAGUUUGCCUUUUUUUCCUGGGUAAUGUUUUUUGGAUUUUAGCCAAAAUUCUUCGCUUGUACAACACUAUGCUGUGUGGCAUGGCAGAAUGCUAACAACUCUCUGACCCUCCCAGCACCAGAAAGGAUGAGACAGGAUCCCAGCAAAAUAAGAGUCAGUUAUUUUUUCCCCUCCAAAGUAAACAAACAACAAAAAUUACAAAAUGGAGGUAAGAGGGUGGGCAGAUGGAACAGGGCACGAAGGGGGGUGAAUGAGUCUCCGGUGUAAACACUCAACCUCAUUGUUGUGAAGUUAAUGGGGGGGAACCCCCUUUCACCCAUCCCCCUCUAACACCUCCCCCCCCCCCCGCCACAAAAAAAAACCCUCAUAUUUUUCUUCCCCUCUCUGCUACCAGAAAAAAAAGCAGGAAUGAGGAGGAGAAAAGGAGGUGCUCGGGGAGGGGAAGAGACCCCCCCCUGAGUACAGAGGAUAGAGGAUGAAGGGAAAGUGGCCUAUUUUUGUUACAGUUUUAAAAAAAUCUGAAGCAAUCAGCAUUUUGCUCAGUUCUGGUAUGGUGGUGGGGGGAUUACAAGGUGUAAAUAUCAUACCUGCUGCCACCCUCCCGUCCUCACUCAGCCAGAGCAAAACCACCCAAAGCCACCCUCUUUCCGUUCAAAGCUGAUUUCUCCUAGCUACAAAUCUGCCCUUCCCUCACCCCAUAUAUUGCCUGGUGGUUUAUUACGGCCCAACUCCCCCAUACACACACAUCAGGAGCGGUGAUACUAACACAAUCACCAGCUAUCCCAUCCUGAACUGUAACCACACCUACACAACCACACCAGCGCUUACAGAGAAUGCAAGGAAGCUGUCUGGUGGGAGAUUCAAUUCUGAUCCAGCAAAGGACAUCUGGGGAGGCGCAUUGCAACAGCUGCAGGAGCGGAGGAACGCGGCUGGGUAUGCCUGUUACAUCUUGCCAUGGACCGCUUCAGACAUCAUGCUUGGGCUCUGAGCAUGUAGUAUUUUUGCACUUUGUAUGCAGGAUGUAUAUUCCAGCUUCCGACAUGUCCCUGUAAAAAAACAUCAUUGGCAACAGCAGCCUUUAAGGAUGUAUUCUUUUCUAUACGUCACUUAAUUUUGUUCAUUUUAACAUCUUUGUAAUGGAAGUGGCCUACUGAGGUGCCUUCCAGUCCUACCCUUCUAUGAUUCUAUGCCUGCCUUGAUUUUUUUCCCCAUUCCUCCCUCCCCCGCCCCGAUAAUACACCUUCAUUAAAGAUGCAGUACCCCAGUCCUGAGCUUUUAUGGUCGCAAUGACAAAAGCAUGGUUUUAGCUCAGUUGCUUGGAAAUUCCUGACGUCCUGUUGCAUUCCAAAAACAAUGCAACUGUUUUCCCUGCCUACCUCCAUCCCCAAAACCACAUGCAGUCUGUCCUUGCCUGCUACGUCAGCUGUGCACUUCAAACGGUUAACUGCCUCUCUUUGAUACAGUAUAUAUCGGAACCCUAUCUGACCCACAAUUACACCUACUGCAAGGCCAUUGGAUAAAGCGGGUGGGGGAGUCAUGAGGGUCAGAUAUGGCCCAAAUACAAUCCUAGAUUUUGUCUGUGACCAAAUCCGUCUCAUCGUUUUCCAUACAGAGUGUUGGACACAACCUGACUUGUGGACUUGGCUUUGCUUUGCUUACAUUUUAGCUGUUUCUCUGCUACCUUUUCAGCAGAUUUCUUUAUUACACUGCACUGGAUUGCUAUAUUUUUAACCAGAAAUAAACUCAAGAUUAGCGCAUGUGCCAGUUAAAUUCAGUUCUUUUUCUUAAACUGCCACGCUCAUUCCGUCUUGCCAUUUUCUUUCCUUUGUUUGUUUGUUUUCCUUUCUGGGUAGAGGGUGUGGGAUGGAAGGAAUGAAUGGCAGAUAAUGCGAGCCUAGUAACUUUUCUGAUCAUUUUGUUUCCAGGGGAACAGUCCAUCUUUUUUGUCCAUCCUCAUUCCCCCCCCCCCCACUCAUCUUUUUUAAUAUUGAAUGGUUGCUGCAGACCUUAAGUGAACCAAAUAACGACAUAAUGUAAUUGCAGCCCUAGGAAAUCAUACAUGCUGCGAUAUGUGUUUUGUAAUUCUGUUUGCAACUCUUUGUAAAGAUUCUAGAGAACUUUUUUUGUACAUUCCAGUAAGUGCAUGACCCACAGAUACCUACAGAAGCAGGUGACAUAUUUAAAUGCAAACACAGUACAAUAUUUAGAUAUGUAUAAAACAGCACAAAAAUGCAUAUCAUCAAAUAAAAGUACUAGUGGUUUCAUGCCUAGGUUUCUCACA